AUGGACAGCACAACCCCCGUCGGCACGAACCCCAUCGUGAACCCAAAAGUAGACUACCUAGGCUUCCAACACGCCGACAACAGCUGCUCCCACCGCGACCUGGGCUUCACCGGCGCCAUCGCGGGGAAAUGGUACGCCGUCUGGGGCGACGUGCUCUGGUGCGAUGCCAACGUCACAGAUCCCGAAAAGGACACGCCCGGGUUCCAUGGUAUGGUGCGCGAUGCUGUGUCUGCGGUGACGGGGAACCCGCUGGUCGUGCAUGAUCUCAAUUUGGGGGAGAAUCAGCGCCAGAAGCAGUUUAUUCCCUUCAACUCCUCGUGGGGAGAAAAGGUUGAUACUGGGUUUGGCGGGACGAGUUUGGUUGAGACUAAUGCUGCUACUAAAACUGGUGCCGUCUUUUACCUGGUUAACCAAAACGCAGACGGCCUAGUCGGCGCAGGUGUCGCCAAAGUAGACGUCCUCUUCGGAACCCCCACCGUAACCAAACGCUUCGGCGCCCGCGGCUACUGGUGGGACGCCAAAACCACGCCCCGGUACGGCGACAUCGCCGCCUUCCGCGACCCGUGCUCCGAGUACGUUUACGCCUGGGGCGGCCCGCCGACCACCAUCACCGACUGGGGCCAGAGCAGCUACGUCUACCUCGCGCGCGUCAAGCACAACGAGACGUUUGACGUGAGCAAGUACGAGUACUACUGGGGCCGUCAGCAGGGGUGGAAGUCGGAGGUCCACACGACGUUUAGCUCCGAGACGGCGACUGUGUGGGGUACGGGGCAGGGUCAGAUUGUGUGGAAUGAGUUUUUCAAGUGUUAUAUCUUUGUUCACCUCGGCAUCGGCGGCGGCUCCGUCUUCUUGCGCACUGCUGCGCGCCCAGAGGGCCCCUGGACGCCGGACAUCAAAAUCUUCCAGGCAACGGCCAUCGAAGGCGGUCUCGUCUACGCCGGCGUGGCUCAUCCGUAUCUGGACAAGACGGGCAAGACGCUGGUCAUGUCUUUCACGAACAACAACAGGAUCCAGGUGAUCAAAGCAACUUUUUCCAAGUGA